UUUGUCGCUGUCGGCCAUGUGUUGGUCCUUGCCUCCUUGGUCUUUCCCGCUGGAACGACUAAGCAAAGCACACUCAAGUUUUUCGUUGUUUACGUCCAACAGCCUGAGUAACACUAUGAAUUGACUAACCGGAUUCUACUUCAAAGAGGGAAUGUCAACUGAAAACCCAGCAAUGGAAACUAAAGCCGGUACAGGUUUUGUGGAUGCUGAUUUCACCCCAAGAGACUACCAGGUGGAACUGUUUCAAGCAGCGUUAGAGGAAAAUAUAAUCGUUUACCUACCUACCGGUUCCGGGAAAACAUUUAUAGCAGCCCUUUUGAUUAAGGAGAAAACCCAUGAAGUCACAAAACCAUUGGAUUUGGGCGGGAAAAGAACCGUUUUUCUUGUACCUACAAUUGUGUUGGCUAUUCAGCAGGCAGCCUACUUGCGACGUCACACUUAUUUGAAAGUGAAAGAAUUCUAUGGAAGUAUGGGUGUCGAUUUUUGGGGAAAAGAAAGGUGGAAAACAGAAUUCGAAGAGAAUCACGUCCUAGUCAUGACGGCUCAAAUUUUUGUGGAUGUUUUGAACCAUGCUUUCUUUUCAGCAUACCAACUUAACUUAUUGGUAUUCGACGAGUGCCAUGCUGCUGUGAAAGAUGCGCCCAUGAAACAAGUCCUUUCGAAACUGCAAAGCUAUGAAAGUUCGCGCCGGCCCAAAAUUCUUGGUUUGACGGCAGCGCUUUUUAGGAUGCGAUGCAAACCUCAUAAGGUGCCCGAAGUCAUUCAAAAGCUCUCUGAAUCAAUGGGGUGCAUCGUCAAAAUUCCAUCCAGUGUAGAAACGGUCUAUCGGUCUUCCACGAAGCCUUGCGAAAUCGUCCUUCAGUACGAUGACGAAAAUAACAAACAGAAUCCAUAUUCGCUGACAUUGAGCGUUAUAAUCCUUGAUAUGGUGUUUAAACUAAUGGAAGAAUUUAAAAACUCGUAUGGUGAAUUGAUUACCAAAGUUGAAUCUGAUGUUGCAAAACACCCAGACAAGAUCGAUAUGUUGUUGGAUGCACUUAAAGACAUAGAUUAUCUCCUUAGAGCUCUAGGACCAUAUGGUGCCUAUCAUUGCGCACAUGUAUAUAUUCGCAUCUUACAGCAAGCCAAGAGUCGUGUCAAAGUUCCUCAGUUUUUGGCGGAUUUGGACAAAGUUUCUGCGCUCUGCAGGGAAAUUAAGGAAAUCUGUACUUCUUAUUUCGCCAAGUUCUCGCCAAAGGACCGCCUAUUACUGUUUGUACAUCCCAAAGUGAUCCGCCUUUUGGAAAUAAUUCGAAAUUUCAGUCCCGAAAAAAAUCUCGACGAACGCCAAAGAGUAAAUCCUAAGAUGUGUGCCAUCAUUUUUGUCGAACGAAGAUGCAUGGCCAAUGGACUUUACCACUUCUUGAAGGAUGUUGCCAAACACGACGAGACCUUGGAAUUUAUGAAGCCAUUAUUCACAAUGGGCCAGGCAUCAGGUCGAAACGCUUCACUGAAAGAAACUAAAAUUCUCAACAUGAAACAAAACGAGAUUAUGACCAACUUUCGCGAAGGUCGUUGUAAUCUGAUAGUGGCAACCUCUGUGCUGGAAGAAGGAGUCGACAUUCCUGCCUGUAAUCUAAUUGUAAGAUUCGACCACAUCAAAACCUACUGCGAUUACGUUCAGACCAAAGGCCGAGCAAGGAGCAGGAAAGCCUUUUAUUGUUUGAUGAUGAGCCAAAAAGAAACGGAAAGCUACCUGGAGGAUUUGGCACAGUUCCAUAGCAUUGAACAGCAGCUCUUGGCUAUCGGAAAUUUCGAAGACGAUCGGGACAGUGUUUUAGACAACCUAUUUUGCCAAAUCAUUCCACCCUACGCUCCCUACGGUGAAGACGGACCCCGUAUUACUUUACUGAGUAGUAUAUCGCUUGUCAACAGGUACUGUGGCCAGCUCUCGUCAGAUCCAGAUGUCUUUUUGGCCCCCAAACUAACAACCAAGAAAGUUGAUAAAAGCGUAGCCGAUCCCGCUCAACUAAAAAAUAUUAAAGACGUUCUUCAAAAAUUACCAAAUGAUAAUCGUGGAAUGACCAACGGGUUUUCGAUUGGCGAUUUAUACCAGUGUCGUCUAAUUCUUCCCCUAAACUCGCCCUUGAGAGAAGAGAUAAUUGGAGACGUAAUGCCAACUAAACGUCUGGCCAAAAGAGCAGUUGCUUUAAAAGCAUGCAUCAUGCUUCACAAACUGAAAGAGCUGGAUGACGUUCAUCUCUUUCCUAUUCUACGGCAGAUUCCAGAAGAAGAAGAGGAAGAGUUGCCAAUCGAAGAUGAUGCCAGUGUACCUCAACACCAUGGAAACGUCACGAUUUGCAAACGUCGUUUCCCUGCUUGUUUUUCGAAUUGCCGACCUAUUCCGAGAGAGCCCAACUUCGUUUAUUUGAUAGACUUUAUGCUGAUGAAGCCUUGCCUGGAUGUGAACAAACUAUUUUUUCCAUUCGCCGUGGAAACAAAGUUAGCCAUUUUGACGUCACAAGUCAUACCUGCGAUUUGUCCGUUUCCUUUGGUUACGCGAGCUGGGGAAUUCCAAGUCAAUCUGUGUGGAGUGGAUUCAGUCAUCCUUGACGACAGUCAGCUAGAAAAACUCGAAAAAUUUCAUCAGUUUAUCUUCCAAGACGUGAUUUUCUUGUGGAAACGUCAACUAGAUUUUGACCUACAGGCCUCUGAUUUGCAGUACCUCAUUGUCCCUCUACAAAGUGCAACCGAAAAACUGGACUUUGUUCUCGUCGAAAAGAUGAUCAAUGCACCAACCGUCGAGUGGGAAAAACGGCCACCUUUCACGGGCAACAAGUUUUCAUUCGAACCGAAAGAGUAUGUCGACGCAGUUAUCGUCCCGUCCUAUAAACCGCUGGGAACAUUAAAUCCCUUCUACGUCGAUGGCGUUUCAGACUUGACACCGCUCUCUGCGUUCCCAGAAAGAGAGAAUGAAACUUACGCAUCUUAUUUUUCCAAAAAGUACAAUCAGAUAUUGACUAAUGAAAAUCAGCAGCUCGUGCAAGUCAGUCGCGAGAUAACGGGGAAAAACUUCCUUGUCCCGAGAUUGGCUUCAACGAAGAAAGAAAUUCCAAUGCAUCAUGUGCCUGAACUUUGCAAUAUUCAUCCGCUGCCAGGAUCUCUUUGGAAACAGGUGGUAUGGAUCCCAUCCGUUCUCCAUCGUCUUAAUGGCAUGCUGGUGGCCGAAGAACUUCGCAUCUUGAUCUUUAAAGAAGCUAACGUGGGAAUAGAUUUUUUACCGGGAUCCGUCAACGUUUCCUCGGUCUGGUCCCCGUUGAAACUUCAGCCGCCCAAAUCUCGUUCAGACAGCCAGUUCGUUUCGUAUCCAAUGCCUCUAAGAAACUCCUUGAAAACGUCGGCGUCCGCGGAUUCGUUAGACCUCGGGGCAAGCAUGAUUUGGCAUCUUGAAUAUGACGAAACAGAGAAGGAUCUCUUGCCACCGGAUUCUGCCGUCGACCAAACUAGUCCGUCGUCAUCUAUCGCGGAAGCGAAAACGAACGCUUCAAGUUCCGAACUUCUCUACGAGAUGCCAGCACUUGACGAAUUCCUGGAAUUCCCUUGUUCGAUGGAAGACCAAAAAAGGAAAUGGGUUGACCUGGCUUCUGAGGAUUCAUUGGAAUGCCAACCAAAUUGUAAACCGGAAAUGAUUGAUUUGAAAUUUGAUGUGGGCAAUCCCAGCACGCUGUCAGUUUUCGGGCCCUCGCCUGGCAUAGUGUUAGAGGCUCUUACCCUUGCUAAGGCACAUGAUGGGUACGAUAUGGAGCGCUUGGAAACGAUCGGCGACUCGAUUCUAAAACUGAUCAUAUCCAUUUAUGUGUACGGAGAGGCGAGCAACAGUAGAUGUGACGAAGGCCGGCUCAGUCUGAUGCGGAUGCGUCAAGUUUGCAACAAACAUCUGUUUCAUUUGGGUCAGAAAAAAGCCAUCGGAGAAUUUACCGCAGCUCAAAGAUUUGACCUCAUGUCAAAUUUUCGUCCGCCUGGAUUCAAACCACCCGUUGCUGAUCACGAACCAAAUUUACACGUCCAUCAAUUUGUCCAUAAGAAGAACGUAGCAGAUAGUAUGGAAGCUUUAAUCGGUGUUUAUUUGCUCACUACUGGAAUUAAGGGAGCCCUCAAGCUCAUGAAUUGGAUGGGGUUGAAAACUGUCCCUCAAAUCGAUAUUAUGGCCUUUAACCCUAACAAUGGAUUCCCCGUGCUUCCUACUCGUCUUCCAUCAUCUACCAUAGAUGAAACGCAAAACGAAGAACAAGAACACGCGCUGAUGCAGCUCUACAGCGGUUUAGAAUUGUUCGAAAAGCGUCUUUGUUACACGUUCAAAAAUAAAGCUCUAUUGGUAGAAGCCCUGACCCAUGCAUCCUACCUUCCCAACCGCAUUACGAAUUGCUACCAAAGACUGGAAUUCCUCGGAGAUGCGGUGCUAGAUUAUCUGGUAACGCGGUUUUAUUUCGACAAUCCUUGCCAAUACAGCCCCGCCAUUUUAACUGACCUUCGUUCAGCCAUGGUCAACAACGAGACGUUUGCUAUAAUAGCAGUUAGGAAUCGGUUUCACCUGUACCUCAAACACCUCUCGUUAAAUUUAAAUGCAAUAUUAGAUCGUUUUAUUCGAGCCCAAGAAGAGAACGGACAUCUGUUCAUGCACAACUAUUUUGUUCUUGAAGAAACCAGUGACCCAAAUGAGCAAUUGGCUAGCAACAUUGACGUCCCUAAAGUAUUGGGCGAUAUCUUCGAGUCAGUAGCCGGAGCUAUAUUUCUAGAUUCAGGCAUGUCGCUUGAUGCGGUGUGGCAGUCGUAUCUACCUUUUCUGCAUGACGCAUUGGAAAAAUUCAACGAAUCCAUCCCGGUGUCUGCCUUGCGUAAGCUCCAUGAACGCCACCCUACUGGUUUGAAAAUCAGAAAAUCCGAAAGUCUUCCUGAUGGCAGAGUAUGCGUGGCAAUCGAGAUCGAAGGUACUCGUGUUUUUAAGGGUGCUGGCGGCAACUCGAAAACAGCUAAAAGUGCUGCUGCAAAAUAUGCGCUUUGCGUAGAUUUAACAAAGUCACAGCCUACUUAACAAAACAGGGUAGUUUUUUUGGUGCUGUCCUUUUAACAAAGUUCAAGAGUAUGAUUUUUAUGUUGCUUAAUUAAUAUGUUAACUUUGCUCAGUUUUUUUACCAGUUGGUAUUUUAAUAGUUUUCAUCUUUUAUACUAUAUACUUAUGCGAUAUUGAAUUUUCAUACGAUAAAUAAAUAGUAGUUUUUCAACUGUAUUUUUUAAAUGCCUACCGGUUACGAUCAAAUAAAAAUAAUGUUCUUUGGG